UGACUAAUUUAUUUAUACUCAAAAAAGUCUUUAAUCCAAAGUGUUUGUUUUUCUUUUCUUUUCUCUCUCUCUCUCUCUCUCUAAUCAGAAAGGUACCAAUUCCUCUGGAAUGGGGAAUACAGAAUCAGGAUAUGAUGAUUCUCAUGCUGACUUUUGGCAUCAACCUUCUUAUGAACCUCCAUCCCAUGCAGGAAGUUCAAUGGAUCACAACUAUCAACCUAGGCAGCAAGCUACAUAUAUACGUGACAAUUUCAGCUCUUUGGAUCAGGUUAUUUCUGCAUUGAGAGAGGCAGGACUUGAAUCAUCCAAUUUAAUACUUGGUAUUGACUUCACAAAAAGCAAUGAGUGGACAGGAAAAUAUUCAUUCAACCGAAGAAGCCUUCAUGCUAUUGGUAGCUCACCUAAUCCAUAUGAGCAAGCAAUCUCUAUAAUUGGCCGUACUUUAUCUCCUUUUGAUGAAGAUAAUUUAAUACCUUGUUUUGGUUUUGGCGACGCAUCAACGCAUGAUAAAAAUGUAUUCAGCUUCUAUCCUGAUCACCGAUCUUGUCAUGGUUUUGAGGAAGCUCUUGCACGGUACAGAGAGAUUGUUCCGCACUUAAAGUUGGCAGGUCCAACUUCAUUUGCUCCAAUUAUUAAUGCUGCAAUUGACAUUGUGGAUGGAAGUAAUGGGCAGUAUCAUGUUCUUGUCAUUAUUGCAGACGGGCAGGUUACAAGGCAUCCUGACACACCACGUGGAAGGUUUAGUACACAAGAACAAGCAACUAUAGAAUCCAUUGUUGCUGCUAGCCAUUAUCCUCUCUCAAUUAUUUUGGUUGGAGUGGGUGAUGGACCCUGGGACUCAAUGCAACAAUUUGAUGAUAAUAUUCCACAUCGCAGCUUUGACAACUUCCAGUUUGUCAACUUUACAAAAAUCAUGUCUGAGAACACAGAACCAUCAAAAAAAGAAGCAGCCUUUGCUCUUGCUGCCCUCAUGGAAAUUCCAUAUCAGUACAGAGCUACCCUGAAUAUUCGUUAUGAUAGUAGAGAAUCAGUAGGUGGACAUCAAAGACCACUUCCACCUCCACAAGAAGUGAUUGAUCACGAUAAUGCUGUUAAAUCGAUCCCACACAUGACAAACUAUGAAAUAGUGGAACCAACAGCCCCAGCACAACCUGUAAUGGGUUCCCAAGCAGAACCGGUCUGCCCUAUCUGCUUGACAAACCCAAAGGACAUGGCUUUUGGAUGCGGUCACACAACUUGCAAGGAUUGCGGAGGGACAAUUUCAUCAUGCCCAAUCUGCCGGCAGCCGAUAACGACACGCCUGAGACUGUAUACCUGAUUGAGAGAGUGCUUUCUGGUUCUAGAUGUUGAAUGCUAUGAAACAUAUCAGGACACCAACAACAUCUCAUGGAACAAAGCUUGGUUUUUUUCUUCCCUUUCAAAGGUCCCACUUUGGAAUAUUUUGCUUCCACAAAGUUCUUUUCAUUUAUUUUGUUACAAGUAAUUGUUUAUUUUUGCAAUGCCUAGCAAUAUUUUAAAACUGGAUGGUUGGCGGACUGUUAAAUCAGAUUUUACCAUAAUCUAAGUUUUGACAUAAUAUUAAAAAUUUUCUGAA